CCUGCAUCCCCCCGCCCGCCUCGUCUGACACUAUGCCUGGCACCAUUAUUACUCCAUCUCCAUCUUCUGGACUCUCGUCCUACUACCAGGCCAAGAUUGAGGCUGCCGAACUUGAGAUCAAUCAGAAAACCCAGAAUUUGCGGCGGCUGGAGGCGCAACGGAAUGCACUCAACGCAAGAGUGCGACUGCUACGGGAGGAGCUACAGCUGUUGCACGAACCCGGUAGCUAUGUGGGAGAGGUUGUGAAGGUCAUGGGGAAGAACAAAGUUCUUGUCAAGGUCCAGCCGGAGGGGAAAUACAUCGUUGACUUCGACUCGGAGAUCGACGUCGCCUCGCUCACACCCUCGCUACGCAUCGCCCUCCGCUCUGACUCCUACACAAUUCACAAGAUUCUGCCUAACAAGGUCGACCCCCUCGUCUCCCUGAUGAUGGUUGAGAAGGUGCCGGAUAGCACGUACGAGAUGGUCGGUGGUCUCGACAAGCAGAUCAAGGAGAUCAAGGAGGUUAUCGAGCUGCCCGUCAAGCACCCCGAACUUUUCGAGUCCCUUGGUAUCGCGCAGCCCAAGGGUGUCCUUCUCUACGGUCCCCCAGGUACCGGAAAGACACUCCUCGCGCGUGCGGUAGCACAUCACACCGACUGCAAGUUCAUCCGUGUCUCGGGCUCGGAGCUCGUGCAGAAGUACAUCGGUGAGGGCUCGCGCAUGGUCCGCGAGCUCUUCGUCAUGGCGCGCGAGCACGCCCCGAGUAUCAUCUUCAUGGACGAGAUCGACUCUAUCGGCUCGUCGCGAGGGGAGAGCGGUUCGGGUGGGGGCGAUUCGGAGGUGCAGCGGACGAUGCUGGAGCUGCUGAACCAGCUGGACGGGUUCGAGUCGACGAAGAACAUCAAGGUCAUCAUGGCUACGAAUCGGAUAGACAUCCUUGACUCGGCCCUCCUUCGGCCUGGUCGGAUUGAUAGGAAGAUUGAGUUCCCUCCUCCGGGCCCUGAGGCGCGAGUUGCCAUUCUCCGCAUUCACUCUCGAAAGAUGUCGCUGCAGCGUGGUAUCAACCUGCGUGCACUGGCGGAGAAGAUGGGGCAGUGCUCUGGUGCCGAGGUUCGCGGUAUCUGCACAGAGGCUGGGAUGUACGCGCUGCGUGAGCGCAGGCAACACGUCACGCAGGAAGACUUUGAGUUCGCCGUUGCGAAGGUUUUGAAGAAGAACCAGGAAGGGAACACCUCGGUUAACAAGCUCUUCUCAUGAUGUAGCUACUUCUUGGUGGCGGACUUGUAUUCGCGUAGCUGUAUCUUUUCUUUUCUUCAUCGUGUCUCCCCGGGUGCAUGGGCACCCACGCUACACUUCUAUUCAGGUUAAAUGUACUAGUGGCUAGUUGACGGAUCGUGGACAGAUGGUAGAUGUAUCCCACUCUGCCGAGCUAUGUGUGUUGAGAGUUGCGAUGGCCGUGGCGCGCAGUGUGAACAGUGGUUCUGCCUGUAACUCAGUAGCAUCCUCCACGGUCCCACUCCCAUUAUUCGGCUGUAUUUGAGUCAUCAGCGCAGGCCAGGCACUUUUUGAGGCGGGCCUCCUCCCUUUCGUUCGUAUCCCUAAUGGACCACCAGCAUGUUCACCCCAGAUCCCGUCGGCUGCCCUCUUUGCUCGACAACCCUUUCGGCCCCUACGACCCGGCCUACGCCCAUACAACCGUUCUCCUUCACAGUUGUCCCUAAUUGCUUAACGUGUACAUCCAUGACGAUCAAGUGGAGGUACACUGGCCCUCAGAGGCCGUUCACACUCGUCGUACACGACUUUGAUCCCUUCCAGAUCCGCCCCCUCGCCAGUGUCUCCCAGACCCGACGAGAGGACACAACGUCCUUCGUCGUCGCCUCAGGACUCGACUCGACCGACCUCACAUUUACCUGGCCGAUCGUUGACAUUCCCUCGGGCUAUUACAAGCUACACGCUACGGGGAACGGGUUCUCCGUCGCAUCCCCCGAGUUCUUCGUCGGUGUCGGCAUGAACACCUCCUGCCUCUCCG